AUGCCUGAAGAAAUUGAGCGGGCAGUUGCUGAGCGGGAUAAAGGCCACUGCGUCAUAACUGGAGCUUGCGGAGAACACGAGGUCGCAAUUACGUGGCUUAUACCUCCAGCCAUGAUAGACGCGUUGAAAGAUGCAUCCCAAGAUCCACGUAAAUUCAACAACUACUCGGAGGCAUGUGUUGUAUCCAAUGCAAUCACACUGCGCAAGGAUUUAAUUGAGGCCUUGAAUGAUAACGCAUUUGGAGUUGACGUUGAGGACAAUUAUCGAAUUGUUCUGUUCUACGACCUUGGAGAUACAGGGAAAUUUCUACAAGGACUGGAGAGACCGUUUUUCCACCGGGAAGACAGACAAGGACCGGAUGAUAUUUUCCUCAUCGCCCAUUUUCUUCAUUGUGUGAAAGUUCAUGUAAUUGGAGGUGACGUAUCGGACGAAUAUUCGCUCAGAGAUAUCGAGGUAUGGGAAGACCGACUAGAUGACGAGGACGGGGCUGAGUGGGAUGAUCCCUUGGGAGCGGAGGUAUACGAGGUACAUCGCUUAGCUGACUUGAUGUACACAUAG